GGUGUAGUUCCAACAACUGACAGUCGGCAAAAUAAAUUGACUUGAGUUUACGAAAUUACAAAUGUCAAAAAGAAAAUAUUUUUGGUUAUAUGUUUGUGUCUAAUGUGAAGAGAAGUUCCAAAUAAAUAUAAAUAAUGGCUUAUUUAAGAUCUUUACGAAACCAAUUUAAAUAUUUUACAUACCAAAAAAUGAACUUUUCACAAGAAAUAACUGAACCUAAGUUUGAAACGGUAUUUUCAUUUCCUUCAAUAAAGUAUAUUGCCAUCAUAAACAGACUUAAAAUGUAUCACAUCUUCGGAACUUCUAUUGGUAUACCUGGUUGUGGAGUUUUAGAAAUGGCCAAUGCAGUGCCUCCUACCACUUUUUUAUCUGCAUCAUAUAUUGGUUUGACUGGAGCAGCUCUAUUGUGUUUAGCAACUUUACCAUUUCGUAAUAUUAUUGGAUUCUUGUACAUAAGUGAAGAUAAUAAAUAUAUUAAAAUAUCAUCUGUAAACUAUUGGGGAAAAAGAGUAGACAAAGUCAUACCUGCUGAUGACUGGAUGCCACUUCUUGAUAUGUCCUCAAAACCUAUGGAUCCAAUUUACCUUUCACCGCAACUUACAGAUGGAAGUACAUAUAAAUUAUUAGUCAAAUUUGGCAAUGUAUUAAAUGCAAAAAAAAUGGGACAAGUUUUAGAAUAAUUUUAAAAGAUACUUAUGUAGUCAUUUGUAAAUAUUUUUAAUUAAUUAAACUUAGUAUGAUCAAA